AUGCAAUAUAACAUCAAAUGUUCAAAAAAUAAUGCCGCUAGUACAGCAGAAACACUUGGAAAUUGGGGCUUUUGUAACAAAAUUUCAAGUUCUGGUCAAGAAGUUAAACGUUUAAGAUGUCUCUUUAAUCAGAUGGAUUGUUUGAAAACUAGGAAACCAAUGACGUGUAUAAAAUAUAAUUGUUUAUAUGAUCCAGAGGCGUGGUAUAUAAAAUCUAGUCCUGAAGAAUAUAAACCGAUUUGGACCGUAUCUACAAGAAGGCCCCUUAUCACAUAUAGUUCUACUGCUGAUAUAAUAAUGACAUCAAAUUUAAAUAACAUUGGAUCGGAUUUACUUUAUCCUAUUCCAGGGAGAAGUUAUUUAUUACAGGGUACUAUGUUGGUCGCUACUUGGACAACAAUUGAAGUGUCGGGGCUAUACAAAAAACACUUAGAAACAUUUGUACAUUACACGGAAUGUUCUGAAUUUAAACAACAAAACAUUGAGAGUUACAAGAAUUCGAAAAUCCAGCGAAGUUUUGUUUCACGGAUUUGGAAUUAGAAAUACACAUUGUUUUGACUAUAAUGAAGUUGUCUGAAAAUGUUCGUGUAAAAAACAUUUGUGCUUAUACCACUUAUAACUUCUUCAAGGGAUACCACUACUGCAAAGAUUACAUUGAAUGA